AUGACAAUCUCUCUUGUUUUCCCCUACGACAAUCUAGCUCACCUCACCACCGACAACAACCACUCAUCCAGUAACAGUACCUGUGGACGAGAUCAAUGGUUCAACCAGCCUCCCUCCAUAGGGAUUCAAUUCAAACAUGGACAAGAAGCCCCAAAAAUAGAAGAAGAAUCAGGAUUGCGAAAUAAAACGCCGGCCGGAUCGUGGACUAAAUUGGUUCACAUAGUAACUGUACAGGGCUUCAGCUACUCUGGGCUGGCCCAAAAUAUGAGCGCACUAAGCACCCCGCGCAUGCUUCCCUACUACACCUACGCUUCUCCGCCACGGUCCGUUAAUCCCCUUUGCGUAACUCUUCUUCCCAUUUCCAUUUGGAAGCAACAAGGUCUCAGGCGGAGGUGCAGCAUUAUUCGAAGCUCAAUCUCGACUCAUCGGCCGAUUCACCUCCUAAGAGAUUCUCGCUCUUCAAUGGCCGAUUCUCAUUCUAGCGUUGUGCUUCAAUCUCUACACGACGGUGAUGGUAAUUUGGAUUCGGUUAAACCGCAGUAUGCGGAGAUUAUUGUAGUUCGUCACGGUGAAACUGAGUGGAAUGCCGAUAAUAGAAUUCAGGGACACAUAGAUAUUGACUUAAAUGAGGUUGGGAGACAGCAAGCAGUGGCAGUGGCUGAUCAACUCUCCAGGGAGCCUAAAAUCUCUGCUGUGUACUCAUCUGAUCUGAAGCGAGCUUUUGAGACAGCAGAGGUAAUAGCAAGCUGCUGUGGUGGGCUUGAGGUUGUUAAAGAUCCAGACCUACGGGAAAGACAUUUAGGAGAACUUCAAGGUGUUGUAUACCACGACGCUGCCAAAAUAAAUCGUAAAGCUCAUCAAGCUUUUGUAUCUCGCAGGACAGAUCAAGAAAUCCCAGGUGGUGGAGAAAGUCUUGAUCAACUUUAUCAGCGCUGCACAUCUUCGUUGCAGAGAAUUGGAGGGAAGCACAAAGGAGAGCGAGUAGUUGUGGUCACUCAUGGUGGUGUUAUUAGAGCACUUCAUAAGCGGGCUUCUCCACAUGGGCGGGCUGGGAAAAUAUUGAAUACAUCUGUUAAUGUAUUUCACUUGUCUGAUGAUGAAUGGACCAUAAAAGCAUGGGGAGAUGUUAGUCAUCUCAGCCAAGCAGGAUUUCUGAAGUCAGGUUUCGGUGGGGAUCGAGUUUCCGGUUAGUUCAUUGAUGCCACACCCGCAGAGGGAUUCAAUACCUGUAAGUGAAGGAUAUAUUCAAUUAUUUCAAUCAAUUCAGCAUUCGAAGAGGUCUUUCUUGUUAAUCAUAUACAUCAGUGGUGCAGGAGGAAUCCAUAUAAGUACUGACUUUCCAUUUGUCUUCAGUUGUGCCUUUUUUCCUUCAGCUAAUAAUGUCUAAAUAUACACUAUCCCAACUUUCACAUCACUUGAAAUUUUUACAUCUUCCUAUAGUCAGGACAGUACUUUAAAGCAUGGUGACAUCCUGUGGUCCUUUCUGGUUUUCGAGACCUAAUUUCUGAGCUCAAACUAGUCUUCCAAACUGAUUGUGAGUCUUCAAUAUUCCAUGUGCAGUAGCAAUGGCUUGACAGGGAUCUGUAUUGGUCCAAUACAUAUCAAAUUGAUUGAAGUUGGGUGGCACAGACUGAAUACUGGCACCACAUGGCUCUGAUUUGUAGGUGAGAACAAUACAAUCCAAGCAUAAGAUGUGAAACUUCAAACUCAAGUAUCGUCGAAUCAAUAUUGUGAACCAUCCAAGCGCAU